UCUAUUCACCAACUCAAUCUUCUUCCUCGAAAGCAAAGCCUGGUUCUUUCUUUGUGUCUCUUGAUGGGUUUCAUCUCUUGCAUCUCACUUCCGACGAUAAGUUCGAGAAUUCCAUCGACCCUUGUCUCAAAGCAGUCGACUUUAGCAUCUUUGUACUCACUAAAGAUGGUUGCUCUGAGACGCGUGGAUAAACCCAGUUCCUUGUUGUCACUAUCAACAACGUCUUCGAUGAUGGUGACUCCUAUACAAGCCUCUUCUUCCUCAUCCACCAUUGGUGAGACAAGUGAUGGCUUGAAGGUCCAGUCUUCUGUUUCAAUUGGGGCAAACGAUUUGCUGAUUGUUGGACCAGGUGUUCUUGGACGCUUAGUUGCUGAAAAAUGGAGAGAGGAACAUCCAGAUUGUCAAAUCAUUGGGCAGACAGUAACAACAAACCAUCAUGAUGAGUUGGAGAAGUUGGGUAUCAAACCAGCUCUUAAAGAAACUGAAUUUGAUGGCAAGUUCUCUUAUGUUAUCUUUUGUGCUCCUCCUUCACAAAGUCCAGAUUACGCCGCUGAGCUCAGGACGGCAGCAUCAAAGUGGAAUGGUGAAGGAUCAUUCUUAUUCACAUCUAGUUCUGCACCUUUUGAUUGCUUUGAUAAUGGAGACUGCAACGAGGAUUCUCCAGUGGUGCCACUAGGCAAGAGCCCAAGAACCGAUGUGCUUUUGAGAGCUGAAAAAGUAGUGUUGGAAAGUGGAGGGACUGUCCUCAGACUUGCAGGGCUUUACACAGAGACUAGAGGUGCACAUAAUUACUGGUUGAAUAAGGAGACAGUUGAUGCUCGUCCUGAUCAUAUCCUAAAUCUCAUCCACUAUGAGGAUGCAGCAUCGCUUGCAGUUGCAAUCAUGAAGAGGAAAGCUGGUGGUAGGAUCUACUUGGGCUGUGAUAACCAUCCUUUGUCAAGGCAAGAGGUGAUGGACCUGAUGGAUCAAAGUGGAAAGUAUGAUAAGAAGUUCAAAGGCUUCACAAGCACUAGUGGUCCUUUAGGGAAGAAGCUGAACAACUCAAGGACACGAGCUGAAAUAGGAUGGGAGCCUAAGUAUCCAAGCUUUGCUCAGUUUCUUGGAGUAACGAAGUAAUGUUUUUAACUUUGAUCAAGAUGAUGGAGUAUGCAGAGAGAAGAGACCAAGAAAGCUACUGACGAAAGAAUCCACAAAUGUGAAGCAUUUUUUUUUUAAAAUGUUUGGUUCAAACUCAUAUGUAUACUCCGAGUGGUCAAACAGCUGAUAAAUAUUUCAGAGUUCUUCAUGGUACUUAUGUUUUGGUUACGUUGACCAUGCAUGGGUUUGCGUAUUCAACAGGAUCAUCGUUAGGUUAA